AUGAUACUGCUCCUCAUCAACUCAAUCCAAAUCUUUUUCCCUGCACUUGCUGCUCUCACAGCAGUCUGGCUCUUUCCAGUCCUAGUCUCCAAGAGCGUUGUCAAGAAAAAAAGAGCCCUUGGUAUUGGGCAGCGCGUAAAAGAGAGGACGGUUCCUUGAAGAACUCCACUUUUCGCCUUGAAGCACCAUGCAUUGGGCCAGCAACCACAUCUUCUUUUGAUCGGAUGCAGUUCAACUCAACAGCUACCAGCUCCAUUGAUCUUGACUCUAUCCACCACAAGAGCUCGUUUGGAUGCAUUAAUUCUUGCGCUCUCUGGCUCCCAUUUACGAGGGUGCCGACAAGGGUCGGACACCCGUGAAUGGCAGAGCAUCUCCCGUUGACGUGGUAGUGCCGCCGUUAUCGCCACGAGCGCCAUUUCAGCUGAAAGGAAAAAGCUGCACAGUGAUCGUGCUCUCAGUUGCGACAAGACACCAGACGUGGACAGACGUUUGUCUUUGAUCUGUCUGAUUUUUUUUCUUUUCUGACCUCUCAUGUGUUUACAUUAAGUUGCUGCUCAGCACUUCAUGAACUGAUUGUGGGUGGUGCUCAGAAACGGCAACAAAAGACGUUAAUAACAUUGCCUGUUUCAGUGUCGUUUAUUACUGCGUUCACCUCAUAUUCUGGGGCCCAUGUCCGGCUAAAUGUUGCUCCAAGCUUCUCCGCCUUUCCCAGUUCCUUCAUCAUUGUUCCCCCAGCAGGCUUGUAGCUCCAAAGAAGACAUCAACCACGAUUCCUCGAGGUCCUCUUCACCAGGAAUGGACGUGACCAACCGAAACCAUGCUAACAGCAUGGUGGAUCAUACAGGCAAGAUCUCGCCCAGAGCUGAUCAUAAUGGCAAUGACAAUGGAUCCAAGACCCGGGCCUCUCCUUUGACCUCGACGGGUCUGCCCAAUCCAUUUGCUAAUUUCGGGCACAACCCUGGAGCCUUCCCGUUUCAUCCGUCCAUGUUGGCGGGCCUUGGCCAGUUCGGUCCAUCCGCUCUUAACUUUGGGUCUCAUUUUGGACAACCUCGUGGUGUCGGUGCCGGUUCCAUGCCGGGUUUAGUAAAUGGCAGUGAUGUGACUAAAGCCGACUCCCCGGAACCCGAACCUGUCAAUGAUAAUGACAGUCGAGACCUUCAUGAGACUGAAGAGGAGCGAACAGAAAAAGCAACCGAAUCCAAAGACACGCCUCCCAGUUCUUCUGACGAGAAAGUCAAUGGAGACUCGGAGGAAGAUGAGCAUCGCCGACCAAAACAAAUCGGUAAAGACGGGGAUGUUGACACCGCCACCAAUUCACACCGGCAUCACCGAGCCAGUCGAUCCCCGUCGCCCAAAGUUCCUAAUCACAACACUCACCCUGAUGACUACCAAAGAGACCGAUCCAGAUCGCCCCUGGGUCGAGACCGGAGGCCGGUGUCCCCUCCCCGCACCAAAAAGCAACCCACGCUCAGAGUAAGGUCUCCAAUGGAGUUGAAGCAAAGUCCACUGGAAGAACUUCACUCGGCAGCUCGAAUGGCCGCCGAGCAAGCCCUUCGGUUGACCGGACAAUUGUCACCACCUUCGUCGUCAGCCCGAUCUCCCACCCCUCCUCCACACUCUACCUCAUCCCCAGGGCUCAAGUACGAUGUCCCUACCUCAAAUGGUCAAACCAACCCGCUUCACGCAGCCCUCUCGGCGUUGCAGCAAUCCGGAUCAAACAAUCCGCUUCAACAGCAAUUGGGACUUCAGCUUCUCUUGGGUGCUCAACAAGGUAACCAAAUGGCCCAGAACCCGUUACUGGCGGCGGCAGCUAUGCUGAGUGCUGCUCAGAUGCCACCCACCUCCAGCUCUCACGCGGCAGGGAUGUUCCACGGGCUACCCACUAGCAUGAGUGGAGGGUCAGGAGAGUUGGCUCAACAGGCCCAGAUGUUCCAAGCCAUGAGCCAGUUGCAAUCCCUCUUCCUAUUGGCUCCAAACGGAAGCCCCAACGGAAACAGUUCUCCACUCUUUCCCAAUUCUGGAGCAGCUUUGAUGCACAGCCAGUUGCAAGCUUUGGCCGCCCAACAAGCCAACCAUCUAGGUGGCCUGCACAAGAACGGUCCACCCACGUCCAUGUCCCACGACAGAUAUUCGCCUUCGUCGUUUGCCCAGCGACUUCCACCGUCCCCGCGUCCACCCAAGGCCGUGCUGACUUCGCCCAUGCGGUUGCCCACUCACGGCAGGGACAUGUACGGUCGAGCGCCGCAUCCUCGUCAUGGAGGAGGCUUGCCCACUCGCCUGGAUCUCCCACCCGAUGAGAACACCGACUUGGAGGAAUUGGAGAAAUUCUCGAAGCUCUUCAAGCAGAAGCGCAUCAAGCUUGGCUACACUCAGGGAGACGUGGGUCUGGCCAUGGGAAAAAUGUAUGGCAAUGACUUUUCCCAAACAACGAUCUCAAGGUUCGAGGCACUUAAUCUCUCGUUCAAGAACAUGUGCAAGCUCAAGCCAUUGCUGCAAAAAUGGCUGGAAGACGCUGAUGCUCAACACACAGCGGCUGCGGCCACUGGCUCCACUCACCACGCCUCGAACGGCAACCCUUUAAGUCUGAGCACCUCGGGCCCUGGACUCAUGCCUCAUUUUGGCAAUCUCAACGAUGCUGUGAGUCGACGACGCAAGAAACGCACCUCCAUCGAUACCACAGUCAGGAUCGCACUUGAGCGCGCAUUCAACGCCAACCCCAAGCCAACUUCCGAAGAGAUCACGUAUAUUGCUGACGGUCUCUGCAUGGAGAAGGAGGUAGUGCGUGUUUGGUUUUGCAAUCGCCGCCAAAAAGAGAAACGUAUGAACCCGAACUCGAGUCUGAGUCCUGCGGGGUCUCCCACUCCAAGCAUGUACGCUUCGAACUCGUUAACCCCAACGCCUCCAAGCUCCAUUCCUAAUCACGCCUUCCCAUCCUUUUCGCCAACCCGCCCCAAUUCGCGCGGGGGCGUAUCGCCUCCAAUUUCCUUACCUCACACCUUUGGCCUGACACCGGGCUCGGCUCAAUACACUGCCACCGAACUGAGUGCCAAGUCCGGAGAAUGAGAAAGCUCCAACCGGACACUCGCCCUGUGUUUCUCCCUCCAUCAUUGAAGUGCAUCACCCUCAAUAGGUAGAUCGACCCACUGUAAAUACCACUUCCCACGAAGGAAUCACCAUUUUCGAGCACGGUGUUAGUGUAAAGAACAUACAUGAUGUUAGCAUCACUCAAGUUGUCACGUUCAUCUUUACUCUAAUCACCAUCUUCAUCAUUGUCAUCAUUAUCAUCAUCAAUUACUUCUACCACAACGCCAAUCCGCUUACUUUAAAUUUGUUACUACAUCAUCCCUUGAAAAAGCGAGCAUUGCUAGCAAACGAGACUGAUUUCAAAGGACUCGGCGGUGACGAUGUCUUUUGCAAGGAACUGCAAUAUCUGUGAUCUGACCUCUUACCACCAUCCCAACCAACACCACCAACACUAUCAACUUAAUCAUCAUGUUAUUAUCAUCAUUAUUUGCGUAUGCAUUUCGUUCGUCCUACCCUCCUCCCUCGGGAUGCAUGACCCCGAGCGUGAUCUUAGGCAGACACGCCUUCGAGUCUACCACACGCCACGACCUAUUAAGCACUAGGAAAAGCCGCCUCUUUUUGUCGCUCGCUCGCUCGCUCGCUCGCUCGACCUUCUUCGUACUAUUUAUGUUCACAGAGUACGUAGACUCCUCCGUUGUUGAAUGUGCAAGUUCUGUCCAGUUAAAUGCCGUUCACCAUCGUGCAACGGCCGCCGCGGCCUCGAAAGAAAGGGGUGACAAUAAUAUUUUGAUUACUACUUAUCCGCAUACACAGAAAUACACUCGUCCAUCACACCACA